AUGAUUAUAAAUAUUUCUUUUAACAAAAAUAAAUAAUAUAUUUUUAUAUAGUCAUUUUAAUUUUUUAUUAUACUCAUAAACAAGGACUCCAAAUAUUUAAAAUUUAAUCGGAAUUUUUUUCAUUAUCAUUUAUUGUUAAUUUAUAAAUAUAAUAACUUACAUCUUUAAAGCAAUCUUAUAAAUUUGUUACAAAAAUAUUAAUUAAUUUAACUUAUAAGUCAUUAAUAAAAAUUUAAAUUUCAUCUUUAUUAUUUAUUUCUUCUAAAGCUUCUUAUAUUCCUUAUUCAGCACCUUAUACUAUAUCUAUAAUUAAUCCAGGUUAACAACCUUUAUUUUAUUCUAUCAUAAGCUAACAAAUGCUUUUAGAAAGUAAAAAAGAACAUUCAAGUGUAUUUAUAAACAAAUCUAUUGUUUUUUUAGUUUUCUUUAUAUUUUAUAUUAAAUUUAUGACAUCUUGCUAUUAUUAAAUAUCGCAUACAUAAAAUUAACACUUGCUUUUACUAUGAUGAUAAACUAUUUGUUCACAAUAUUCUUAGUCUUAGCCCACUAUUA